CUCUCCGUUAUCUUGGCCACGAGUCAAUCAGUGUCCAUAAAGGGCUGGCCAGCUCCCUGAAAAGCCAACUCAUUUCUUUCUAUUUUCUACUCCAUUCCUUCAACAAAAAUUCGAGUAAUCCCAUUCUUGAACCCCUCCAUCACUUGAAUAAAAUCCCUCUUUUCAUAACUGGGCAGUAAUAACCUCUUCAGUCUCUGUCACAAAUCAUAUCCAAGAUGAAUCGCGCGCUCUCAAUUCGCUCGAAGAAGGAUCAUGGCAGUUCCUCUUCCUCCUCCAGCGGAACUCGCCAUCAUGGAUUCAGUCUCAGUUCGCUGCGGGGGAAUAUGCAGCCCGAACUCAGCAAGAAACUAUACAAAAUGAUCAAGUCUGAGAACUACCUCAUCCAAGCCCACGAGGAUGCCGCCAAGGAACGAGUCUCCAUCGCCACCCAGCUGUCUGAGUGGGGCGAGUCCACGAACGAUGAUGCUAUCAGCGAGAUCUCGGAUAAGAUUGGAGUUCUGCUGUCUGAAAUUGGAGAGCAGGAAGACCUGUAUGCCCACAAUAUCGAUGAUAGCAGGACGAUCUUGAAGGCUAUUCGCAACACGGAGAAGAGCGUCCAGCCUUCGCGAGAUUCCAAGGCGAAGCUCAUGGACGAGAUUGCAAGGUUGAAGGCCAAGGAGCCCGAAAGUGCGAAAUUGGUUAUUUUAGAGCAAGAGCUCGUCAGGGCGGAAGCAGAGAAUCUCGUUGCUGAGGCUCAGUUGACCAACAUUCUCCCGGAGACUGACACGAAUCAGACUCGCCAAAAGAUGAAGGAAGCAUAUGCCGCAGAAUUCGCUGCGACCAUAGAGCGCGCCGAGAAACAAAUCAUCCUCGCACGCCACGGUCGUCGUCUCCUGAACCUCCUUGACGAUACUCCGGUUGUUCCAGGAGAUGUUCGCCCUCCAUUCGAGCACCAUCAUCAAGUUCGCCAGAUUCUGAAUGACGCAGAAGAUGACUUGAAGGAUUGGCGACCAGAUUUGGAGGAUGUUGAAAGUUACGGUGGUUUGGAUCACACGUUGAUGCCCAGUUCAGCCAGCCAGCAUCAUCAGACGGCCGAAGGGAGUGUUAUCGGAAGUGAAAGCGUGACAACUCAGGACCACCAUAAUGAAGGUCAGCACACAGAAGACGCUCCUGAUGGAAGCCGAAUUAGCAGUGGGACAUCGGUCACAACUGGACCGGAAGGCCAGUCCUAUGCCUCGAGCGAUUCGCCAAGAACCGUGGUAGUCUAG